AUGCACGCUGAGGAUGCAAGGCAAUGUUUUCCGAAUUCCAGUGGAGUCGAUUCGCCUGCUAAAAACAAUGUAGCAGUUGCCGCUGCUAAAAAUCGACAAAAGUCGCUGUUAAAUGAAAACCUUGCUAGUUCUUCGGGUCUUGUGGCAGCCUCGCCCCUUCAUUUUAAUUGGCAAUCCAACCGUUCCUGCGUGAGUGAGCGCGUUCGAAGCCUGUUCGCCAACACCACGCUGGCUGACGUCUAUUUCAAUAUUCACUAUCAGCCUGGCUGCGAUGGUGCCUCAACACCAUUUGUCCACAACAAGUCGUCCAAGAACCCCUCGACCAGCCGGGCCGAGACCUUGGUUCACAGGAUCCCCGCGCACACGUUUGUCCUGGCCAUCAGCUCGGCGGUUUUCGAGGCGAUGUUCUACGGGCCGAUGUCAGUUCAGGGCACAGCUGCCACCGCCGCUGGCAAAUCGCAGCAGUCACCUCAUAAGUGCUCCGAGCAACCUGCGGCGCGACAGUCGUCCUGGUCGCCGUCCGCCGGCGUUUUUUCGAUGUUGUCAGCUGCUGAGCCAAUGGAGGACAUCCAUGUUGAAUCAACGGGUGAUGUUGACCCAGCAGAACUAGGAAAAGUCGAGCACACACAACCUGUAAUUUUUAAUCCUUCAUCCAGCCAAAUUACUUCGAGCAGUGCCAUUGGUAACUACUGGACUACUCAAAAUUCUCUUUCAGAGAUUCACUUGGAUGAUGUAAAUCCCGUGGCUUUCACAAACGUUUUGCGUUUCAUUUACACCGACGAAAUCCAAAUAGACGCCAGUAACGUUCUUCAGACGCUGUAUGUUGCAAAGAAGUAUGCGAUUAAUGUAAUGGAAAUCGCGUGCGUUGACUUUUUGAGUCAGGCAAUCACCGUGGAUAACGCGUUCAUGCUCCUUGGACAAGCCAACUUCUUUGACGAACAGGAAUUGGCCCAAAAAUGCCUUGAAUUUUUUCAUGCCGUCCGAAUCACCGUCCCACCACGUAACAAGCCCCAUUCCGUCUCACUUCCUAAAUGCUAUUUACCCGUCGACAGUUCUACGGUACUGGCCGUGUUUGAAAAACCAUGUCCCCGCAGUCCAAAUCUUUGUGGCAGUCAGCUGCUAUCGAGAGCGGAUUGUCGGGCUGCAGAACUGACUGUUGCCCUCGCCUCCCCUUUAUCAGAGUGGUCUCUGGUCAUUGACAAAAACACAGCCAAGGCCCUCGACACGGAGGAUUUUUUGGCUCUAGAUAGCGAUCUGCUUCGCAGCAUUCUUGAACGCGACACCCUGUGCAUCCGCGAGGUGCGCCUCUUUGUCUCUGUGGUCAAGUGGGCUGAAGCCGAAUAUCACCGACUCUUCCCAGAGCCAAGACCUUCGUCUUCCCCUCCGGCUGCAGACGAAGCCCCUCUAACUCCUGUCUCCGCACACUUACCUUCUCUGCCCCGACCCGCCUCAGACACAACCCUUCCCGGUCUCUCAGAUGUUCCCAUGGAAGCACUCCGCGACAUCUUACAGCCCCUUCUCCCUCACAUCCGAUUUCCACAGAUGAGCAUCGAGGAGUUUGCUGACGUCGUCGUCCCCUCUGGCGUACUGGAGGACUCCAUGGCAGUGAAGAUCUUCCAGCACUUCAUCACCUCGAAGACUGCAAAACCCGAACUGCCAUUCCUCAAGCGACCUCGAUGCUAUCUGCACGGCGUGGAGGAGAUUGUCCGGCGUUUCAGUGUGGUCGAUCAGCGAUGGGAUUACCGAGGAACGAGUGAUCGAAUCAGAUUUAAAGUGGACCGGAAGAUCUACGUUGUUGGUUUUGGACUCUACGGGAGCAUACACGGACAGAGUGAAUAUGAAGCCAGUAUCGAGGGCUGUCUACGAUUGCAGCAUAAUUCCCAGUAUUUCCUCUCUAUUGCGGCUUGUCAAUUUGCUCUCAUGGCAGCAAUUGAUCCGCCAAAUCAGCACCCUUCUAGCAAUCCGCAUCCACGAGCCUCACACUGGGUGCUGGCUCAUGUAAUCAGCGUGGGUCGACUAAAUCGAUGUUGCUGCCUCCUGACACUGCUGCGUGGUGAGCGCAACCUCUCCUGCGUUGAGCGACGCCCCUGGUCGAUCUUGCCUCUCAUUGCCGUAGUCGUUGUGGUCGAAUUUCGUCUGCGACUAAUGAGAGCCAGUCCCCGCCUCCACAUCGUUCACCCCGAAUCCGGCGUUGUGCUGGGCAGCAAUGACGUCACUUACUUGGCCGACGGAUCGCCCAACACCUUCCGCGUCGCAUUUAAAGAGCCCAUUCCCCUGACGCCCAACGUGAACUACCUCGCAAGCGCCACAAUCAAAGGUCAAGACACAUACUACGGGACUCGAGGACUGCGGGAAAUCACCCACGAAUGUUCUACGGGGAGCAAAGUCACCUUCCACUUUUCCUAUGCAGCGUGUAUGAACAAUGGCACCUCAGUUGAGGACGGUCAAAUCCCCGAGAUCGUCUUCUUUGUAUAA